GUCACAUUGAGGCGGCAGAGGAGCGCUCGACGGAACGGAGUCUUAGGGCUUUAGAGCUUAAAAGAAAAGAAGAAGAAGAAGAGCACCUGAAUAGAUCAAGGGUGCCUACAUGCUUCAGCAUCAUUUCCAGUUUGCCCUGAAGAGGAAUUUGGCACAUCAUUGUGAUAAAAGGGAUGAAUGAGGGCCGUUCUGCUCUCUUCAGAAGGGGCCACCUUGCCUUGUCCAAGGCCGACACCCUCAGUUCUGUUUCUGCCAGAGGUGCUCCCUCUGUUGACAGAGGCGAUGGCGGGGCCGCUCAGCCUGAGAGCGAUGCGGCGUUCCCCCUGUCGGAGUUCUCACACUUAUUCGAGAGCAUGGAUGCCUCCCCAUCAGAUAAGGACGCAAGUCAGGAUUCAGCCCCAGAGCUGGUUCAGCCCGGUCAGCCUGCGGACAGCAGACAGAACCUGCGGAUGAAGUUCCAGGGUGCUUUCAAGAAGGGCAUUUCCAACCCCAUGGACCUACUGGAAUCUACCAUCUAUGAGUCAAGUGUGGUUCCAGGCCCCAAGAAAGCACCCAUGGACUCACUCUUUGACUAUGGUACCUACGGCAACAUGAGCAACCAGAAGAGACGCAGGAAGAAGCUUCCAAGAGGUAAAACUGAGACAUCCAGUGAUGAUGGUCAAAGCUCAGACCCACCAAAGGUAAUGAAAACAUUCAACCGCUCUCUCCUCUUUGACUGUGUGUCACGUGGAGACCCCGGGGCCCUCGAGGGCCUGUUGGAGUACCUGCAAAGUCACGGAAAGCGGUUAACUGAUGAGGAGUUCAGAGAGCCAUCCACAGGUAAGACGUGUCUGCCUAAAGCGCUCCUGAACCUUUACGGUGGCCAGAACGCCACCAUCCCACUGCUGGUCGACAUCGCAGAGAAGACUGGAAACCUCAGGGAGUUCAUAAACUCACCCUUCAGGGAUCUCUACUACAGAGGCCAAACGGCGCUCCACAUUGCUAUAGAGCGACGCUGUAAGCAGUAUGUUGAGCUGCUGGUGGAGAAGGGAGCUGAUGUUCACGCCCAGGCGAGGGGACGCUUCUUCCAGCCCAAAGACGAGGGGGGCUACUUCUACUUUGGUGAGCUGCCUCUCUCACUGGCUGCAUGCACUAACCAACCUGACAUAGUGCACUACCUGACUGAGUAUCCACAAAAGAAAGCUGACCUGCGGCGCCAGGACUCACGUGGAAACACAGUGCUGCACGCCCUAGUGCACAUUGCGGACAACACCAAGGACAACACACGUUUCCUCACAAAGAUGUACGACCUGCUGCUGAUCAAGAGCGCUAAGCUCUACCCAGAGUGCAGCCUGGAGACAGUGCUCAACAAUGAUGGCAUGUCACCUCUCAUGAUGGCCGCCAAGCUGGGCAAGAUAGGGGUUUUUCAGCACAUUAUCCGACGGGAGAUCAAAGAUGAGGAAGUUCGUCAUCUGUCACGAAAGUUUAAGGACUGGGUGUACGGUCCGGUGUACUCUUCCCUCUAUGAUCUAUCUUCGCUGGAUACAUGUGGAGAGGAACCGUCGGUGCUAGAAAUCCUUGUCUACAACAGUCGCAAUGAGAACCGCCACGAGAUGCUGGCAGUGGAGCCCAUCAAUGAACUGCUGAGGGCCAAAUGGCAGAAGUUUGCUGCUGUCACCUUUUACAUCAGCGUGGUUUCCUACCUCAUAACCAUGAUCAUCUUCACCCUAGUGGCUUAUUACCACCCAACACAGGGAACGCCUCCAUAUCCCUACACAACAUCCUCAGACUACCUGCGGAUGGCGGGAGAGAUUGUCACCUUGGCAUCAGGAAUCUUCUUUUUCCUCACCAAUAUUAAAGAUGUCUUCCUGAAGAAGUGUCCCGGGGUGAAGUCUUUAUUUAUUGAUGGAUCCUUUCAGCUGCUGUAUUUCAUCUACUCUGUACUGAUUGUAGUCACAGCUGCUCUCUACCUGUCUGGCAUCAAAGCCUAUGUGUCUGUGAUGGUGUUUGCACUUGUCCUGGGCUGGAUGAACACACUUUACUUCACCAGAGGCCUGAAGCUCACUGGCACCUACAGCAUUAUGAUACAGAAGAUUCUUUUCAAAGACCUUUUCAGAUUUCUGCUGGUGUAUGUGCUCUUCAUGAUUGGAUAUGCAUCAGCCCUGGUGUCCCUGCUGACAGUGUGUCCUCGACCGGGCACUGAGUGUCACGGGGACUGCCCCACCUACCCAAAGUGCAGGGACCCAGAUACUUUUAGUACCUUCUUACUGGACCUCUUCAAACUGACCAUUGGGAUGGGAGAACUGGAUAUGAUCCACAGCGCACAGUAUCCAGCAGUCUUUCUCAUACUGUUGGUUACUUAUAUCAUCCUCACUUUUGUGCUGCUGCUCAACAUGUUGAUCGCUUUGAUGGGGGAGACGGUGGGGGAGGUGUCGAAGGAGAGCAAAAAGAUCUGGAAGCUUCAGUGGGCAACAACUAUUUUGGAUAUCGAGCGCUCAUUCCCAGUCUGCCUCCGCAAGUCAUUUCGAGCUGGGGAGAUGGUGACUGUGGGGAAGAACUGGGAUGGCACACCUGACCGACGCUGGUGCUUUAGGGUGGAUGAGGUUCACUGGUGUCACUGGAAUCAGAACCUGGCGAUAAUCAACGAGGAUCCGGGCAAGAGUGAGACCAGCCAAGCCAACGUGCUGCAGCAGAGCGUUGGAGUCUUGAGGAGAGACCGCUGGUCCACAGUGGUCCCGCGAGUGGUGGAGCUAAGUAAGGGUCGUGAAGCAGUGAUAGAGAUGGAGCCCCUGACGCGCAGGCGCUGACACCUGCAGAGGAGUACUGCUGUCCUUCUUGUAAAGAGACAGUAGCAAGCCAUCAGCAUCAGUGACAUCACUCUGCUGGGGACGAUUUUGGCCAAUAAGUGCACUAAUUUGCACAAAUCUCAUGUGCCUUCUGUUCAGAUAAAGCAUAGUAAAUAUUACAGUAAGACAGUCAGUGUAUAGCACAGAAGGCUGAGCACACACAUAGACACUGAAUGUACAAUGUCUUAAAAGUUACUCAGUCCAUGAUCUGAAAAACACUAAACAGAGUAAAAAAAACACUUACCGUGAGACUGAAAAGCAUGGGAAAAGUGGCAUUAAUGAUGGAGUGAGUUGUAAAAUUUGUUUUUUACUCUCAAAGAAUAGGGAACUUGUCAAGAAAAAGUACUGUAUUUCCAUAUUUCAGACAUCAAAAGCUGAUCACUCAGGGAUUUAAUAGUCAGAAUAUUUCAGCAUUUCCAGUCUCAUUAUAGCGUUACAGAAAACAUCAUCAUGAGUUCUCUAAUAGCAAGAAGAAGCAUAAUUACUGUAUCAUUGCAUUAGCAGUAUAAACAAAAGUUUUGAUAAAAAUGCAAUUUACACAUAUAAUUGCAAUGGAGAUAUUUCUUCAAGACAACAUUGCAAUAAUAUUUAUAGACUUAUAGAAUAGAAUUCAGCUUUUAGUUGCUUGAUUUAUAUUUAAGAGGUUCCUAUAUGAUGUGUCCAUAAAGAAUAAACUGUAUAUGCUGAUUUGAAUGUUUAUUUUUUCAGGCUGUGGGGGUUCAGUGUAUAGACACAGGAUAUAUAUCUAUUUUAUACAUUAUAUUUUCUUUCCAUUUUCUAUAUUGUAUCAAUCAAAUAGUUUCAAAACUAUGAAAUUCUCAGGCUUAGACUGCCAGCUCAGGCAGCCCAGCUUUCAUUUGAACUGAAACAAUGCACUGUGCCAAUUUCUGAUGUGUGCAUUAUUACAUGAAUAAAAAGACAUUGUUCUGAACAAGAUGGGCAUGACGAGCAGGUUGUAGUUGUCAAGCAAAUGUGCAAAUAUGAGACAAUAGCCUUCCAUGUUAUGGUUUGUCUAUGAAUUUAUUGUUCCUUUGCAGCUGGGGUAUUUGCAUAAUCAACUCUCAGGCCUUGCCAUUAUGUACUUCCCUCUAUUUGCUGCAGUGUUUUUCAGUGCAGUUGGCUCCUUGCCCUAUACAGCAUCUUGUUUAUGCGCCUUUACUGUAUGUAUGCAUGUAUUUGUGUUAUUGCACUACAUGACAGGGUUUGAUAAAGAGCAGAUAGACCAUACAGUUCAUUCUCACAAUUCAUUACUGUUGAAGGUCACAGGUCAUUGUUCACUAUGUUUACAUCGCUUUUAUAAAGAGACAUGUCUAUGCAUUUUGA